AUGACAAGCCAGCAAGCAAUGCAGCCUACAAAACCAGAGCCGUCACGUACCUGGUUCCAGUAUCUCGGGAUAACCCGCCCUACUACACCAAUAAUAGUUAAUCAACAAGUCAAACCUGAGAAAUCUGAGCUCCCCAACUUUUCACCUCCGUCACGAGCUGAAGUCGCCGAGGUCUUGUCUCCUGUCGCGUCAUAUCCGAACGUGACAACCACUGCUGAGGAUGGAUUUGCACCCUACAACAAGUACAUUGUUGGAGGGGCAUCGCUCACAGCUUUUUGCACCAUGCUAUACACCGUGCGCAUGCAAACUAAAGGCAAGAUGAGGAUGCCACUACAAGAACUAUUAGACAAUCCAAUCGCAGCGGCUGCCAAUCCAAAGCUAGCUGCUUAUGCGUUUGCUGGUAGAGCAUUUGCUACUGCUUCAGUCCUCGUUGGAUCUGGAACUCUGGCAUUCACAAUGGGUUUGGCUUCCCUUAUGGGCGUGAAUAGUUUGAAAGAGUUUUCAACGAAACUGAGGUCGCUAGCUACAGAAAAUCUACCGGUAUUACGUGGUUCAACACACGAAGCUGAAUCAUCGGGUGACUCGGUCAUGGAUAAGGACACGUAUGAAUUCUUGAAGGAGGUUCAAGAUGAUAUGCGGAAUGACCGCAUCAAUCCUCAACCGGAAACACUGUCGAAACGUGUAAUAACACACGACCUUCGAGAAUCAUUUGGUGUUGGAAACCCGAAAACCGCUAAACCGACUAUGUAA